AUGACUAAAAGAAAAGUGGCCGUAAGAAUAGUGGAAGAGAAGAUUGCUAAUGAUGAGGGAGUUCCUCCCCAAGGUCCUCAAGUUCCUCAAACUCCUAAUGAUGAGGGAUCUAUGACUAAUGUUGAUAUUAUGACAGCUCUCCAAACCUUGACACAUGGUUUAACGGCUCAAGUCAAUAGGGAUGCUAGAGUUCAAGUGAAACCCAAUGAUAUGGCUACUACAAGGGCUAAUGCUAGAAGGAAUGAGGAAGAUAAUGAGCAUCAAGAAGUUCCUCCCCAAGCUCUUCCACAAGCUCUGAUUGACCCUUUGGUUGAGGAUGUGACUAAUGCAGAGUUUAGGUCCAUUCUUCAAGUGUUGGCUCAAGCCGUGACGGCCCAAGCCAAUAAAUUGAAGAGGUCUAUAAAUGAUGAUGGUAAUUCUUCUCAUGAAAGGUCUGAUGGACAUGGUCGUCCUAAGUAUCGACAAAAGUUUUGCAGGCAUGAUUCCUCCAAUGCUCCUAAGUAUAGUGAAGAUAGGGUGUCUAACCCUAAACCACAAGGAAUUAGUAGUGAAUCCCUAUGGCCUACUUGUGCUAGAUGUGGAAAGAGACAUGAGGGUAGGUGUUUGGCCGGCAUGAAGGGUUGGUUUCGUUGUGGUGAAAGUUGCCACAAGAUGAGAAAUUUCCCAAAGAUAAAGGCAAAGGGAAGAGAGGGUAAGCAAGUUCAUCCUAGUGGUUCGGAUGGUAAUUCUCCAAGGAAAAAUAGGUUUUAUGCUCUCCAAGCUAGAGGUGAUAAAGAAUGUCCUCCGGAUGUGACUAACGGUUUUUAG